UCAGAAUGUUGCCUUUGUCGUUAUCUGGCGCCGCUUCCGCUCCUUUCCCGUCGCUCCUUCUCCGCAGAGCAGAGUGCGCCGCCCGUGCCGCUCCUUCUCAGCGCGAGCAGCUUCUCGCCGGCGACCACACCUCACGCGACUCGAUCUGUUCUUUUUCAGAGGCUGUAGACAGAUCUGAGGGAAGGGAAGCACAGGGACGGGAGGAGGAGGAGGAGGAGGAGCUCGGCCGCCAUCCGUUUUACUCACGGGAAGAUCGACGUGCACCACCAAUACUCCUGCCUUGAAGAAUACAGUGAAAUGUUUUUACGGUUCUAAAAAAAAUUCGAUCAUUCCAAGAAGGCGGAGAUGGCUCGAAGCCCCUGCGACCUCCGCCUUCUCCUCCUUGCUGCCGCUGCAGCUUUCAUCUACAUUCAAGUGCGCCUCUUUGCAACACAAUCCCAUUAUGCUGACCGUCUUGCAGAAGCAGAAAGAUCUGAAAAUCAAUGCACCAGCCAAUUAAAGUCCUUGAUUGAUCAAGUCAGCAUGCAGCAGGAGAAGAUUGUAGCGUUGGAAGAGAUGAAGAUACGGCAAGAUGAAGAACGUGCACAGCUGAAGAUUCUGAUACAGGAUCUUGAAAAAAGGAGUGUGCAAAAGUUACUAAACAAGAAUGUGGUUCCUGUUGCUGCUGUUGUCAUAAUGGCUUGCAAUCGACCGGACUAUUUGGAGAGAACAGUUGAAUCUAUCCUGAAGUAUCAGACAUCAGUUGCUUCAAAGUUUCCGCUUUUUAUCUCUCAGGAUGGAACAAAUGGAGCUGUGAAAAAGAAAGCUUUGGAUUAUAAACAAAUAACAUAUAUGCAGCAUAUGGACCUUGAACCUGUGCGAGCUGAAAGGCCAGGAGAAUUGACAGCAUAUUACAAGAUUGCUAAACAUUAUAAGUGGGCAUUGGAUCAGCUAUUCAUUAAGCAUAACUUUGCUCGUGUAAUCAUUCUAGAAGAUGACAUGGAGAUUGCCCCUGAUUUUUUUGACUACUUUGAGGCUGCAGCUAAAUUACUUGAUAAUGACAAGACGAUUAUGGCUGUUUCUUCUUGGAACGACAAUGGGCAAAAGCAGUUUGUCAACGACCCAAAAGCACUUUACCGCUCGGAUUUCUUUCCUGGGCUUGGAUGGAUGUUAACAAAGUCCACUUGGAUUGAACUGUCACCAAAGUGGCCUAAAGCUUAUUGGGAUGAUUGGGUGAGGCUAAAGGAGGUACAUGGAAACCGGCAAUUCAUACACCCGGAAAUCUGUAGAACAUACAAUUUUGGCAAACAUGGAUCAAGCUUGGGACAAUUCUUUGAGCAAUAUUUGGAGCCCAUCAAGUUAAAUGAUGUUCAUAUUGACUGGAAUUCGGAGGAUCUGAGUUACCUUAGGGAGGAUAAGUUUUUAACCAAAUUUGGAAAAGAGGUGGCUAGUGCCAUGCCUCUCCAUGGAUCGGAUGCUGUGUUGAAAGCCCAAAACAUGGCUGCAGAUGUAAGGAUCCAAUACAACGACCAGGAAGAUUUUGAGCAGAUAGCUCGUCAAUUUGGAAUAUUCGAAGAAUGGAAGGAUGGCAUCCCAAGAACAGCUUACAAAGGAGUAGUGGUCUUCCGAUACAAGAGUAGUCCGAGGCGGAUAUUUCUUGUGAGCCCAGAUUCUCUUCGUCAGCUUGGGGUGUAGUGGUGUUGAGAAGAUAAAUUUCAUCAUGGAGCCCGUGGUGAACCCUUCUUUUAUCAAAUGGCAAAUGUCGGCGGAUCCGUUUAUUGAUUUCUGGAAUGGAGCAACCGGGAUGCAUGGCGAAGGAAAUUUUGAGAAGUGAUUGUCUUGGCCCAAGGGCCAAGGCACUGAGUAAUGGAGGCAUGGGCUUGGUUUAUUGGAACAUUUGCAAGAUUAGUCAUCAACAUUAUAUUUUUUUCCAUGAGUCCCUAAAUAUUUAGUUAGCAAGGGACUUUAAUCCUAGACUGUAUUUAGGGUUUACACGAUGCUGUGGAAUACACACGUUUGAAUGUAACAGCAGGGUACUAGUUGACCUGACACUCUCGAUCUUUAUGGUAAAAGAAAGGUGAUUUCAUUAUUGGUAA